AUGGAACCACCAAUUGUUUAUUAUCCACGUAUAGAAUAUAUCGAGACAGAUACAGGCAAUAAAGUUAGUCGCAAGUCAGUAAUAUGUGGAAGUCAAAAUAUCAUACUUGGUGGAAAGACAAUUAUUCAAACUGACUGUGUUAUUCGAGGAGAUUUGAGACGUACCGGAGGAGGUCACGCAGUAGUUGUCGCUAUUGGGAGAUAUUGUCUUUUAUCCAAAGGGAGUAUUAUUCGACCUCCCUACAAGACUUAUAAAGGGAUUUUUAGUUAUUAUCCUAUGAAAAUAGGCGAUCAUGUAUCAAUCGGAGAAGGUAGCAUUGUAGAAGCAGCUACAAUUGGCUCGUUUGUGCAUAUAGGAAAGAAUUGUGUAAUUGGACGUUUUGCAAUAAUUAAAGAUUGUUGUAGAAUUGAAGAUAAUACAGUGAUACCACCAAAUACAGUUGUUCCUUCAUUUUCAAUCUAUGAUGGAUCUCCUGGUGUCUUUGUAGAUGAAUUACCAGAAUGUGUUCAAGAUCUUUAUGAAACUAAAACUAAAGAAUAUUAUACCAAAUUUCAACCUAAGGAUUAA